CGGCGGCAGCAGCAGCAGAAUGAGUGAGUUUGAAUAUGAAGGAAGAAGAGCCUAAAUAGGAGAGAUGUUCUGGGGCUGCCCUUCUCUACGAAAGUCCAUGAUCCCAGUCCAUGAGAUAAUGCCACCCACAUUCAAGGUGGAUCUUCUCUCAGUUAAACUAGUCUGAAAGCACCUUCACAGAUAUGCUCAGAGACUGGAAAAGUAAGAAGAGCUUUCCUGCCCUUUUAAUUACCAAACUACUCUCAAUUUUCAGUGAAACAAUUCAAAGAAAGAAUGCAGUCUUUCUAUACCUGGUAAAUAUUUUCUGCUAAGUAAAACUAUUUAUUUAGUAGCCACUGAUAAACCCAGGUGUUAUGGUGAUUACCUUUUAUUUUAUGGAUUGUCUAUUAAAAUGACUUAUCAAAUACAUAAUUUUUCAUUUUAGUUCUGAAGUCUGUUUAAGAUUUAUUGAUGUUUUGGAAUGAUGCUUGGGGUGCCUGUGACCUAGCAAGCAAUAGAAAUAGAGUCAAGUUAGCUUUAGGAUUUAGUAUGUCAUUUGUGUUUUAUUUUCAUAAAACAGUAGCAGUAAUCUUUGAUGGUAAUUUAGUAGAAGUACUUUGUGACUAAUCGUUUUAUAAAAUCUAAUGAGUAAAAUAUUAUUUAACAUUCAUUUAAACAAUGAUCUAAGAUUAGAGAAAACAAGUAACUUGUUUAAAGAGAUUCAGCUAGGUAGCAGAGAGCUUAAACAGACUCGAUCAGAAUCUUUUUGGGGGGGCGGGGGGUUUAUGAUUUUUUUUACCCUUUUCAAUUUCUUUAAAUAUGAAGUAAUAUGUCGAGUAUUUAGGAAUAGAGAAGACACUAGUUUCAUGUCGUAAAAUACUUUACCUGUGCUAACAAUACUGUUGGCAGCUCUUUGCUGGCUGGUAUAUAUAUUACCUACAAACUUGAUAGUAUUAUUGUGCCUGUUUCUACUAUACAUCAAAAGUGUAAGAUUAGAGGAAAUAGGGGGGAAAAGAGAGCAUAUAUAAAUUAUUUGGUCCUUUUUACAAGUUACAGUUUUCUUCAGUGUUUGGUAACUCUAAAUAUUUGUGGAUUGUUGCAAUACUCUGAAAUGUAUCUUCCUGGGAAUUGUCAUAGAGUGCACACAUGGACAGAGAGAUAUAUCUUUGCCUUUGUUUAUAGUUUAAAUCUUCUGGAGAACAUAUUGUUUCAGUAUUAAAACAUGAAGAAAAGCAAUCUUAAGACGUUUUACCAUGUACAACACACAUACCUUCUGGCUUAUGAUUAAAAUCUCGUUAGAAGACAAAUAUCCAUAAGUAUCCACUUUUAUUCUUUUCAUGCAUUAGGAGAAGGAUUUUGACAGUAGCAUUUAUUGAAUGUUUAUCAAGAGAUUAUAAUACCAAAAUUAUUUUUAUAAGUCCUGGUUAUUUUAAAAUAACAUUCUCACUUUAGGAACACCCUUGGAUACACUCUCCCUUUCUUACACGGGCAGGCUUAAGUUUACAAGCCAUAUGAAUUCCUAAGGAUGCCACAACAGAACAGCACAGCUGCAGUAGGGACUUACUGCCUCUUAGCUCUAGGGCAUUGGCUCUCAACCGUCUUGACUAGGACUCUUUAGUACAGUUCUUCAUGUUGUGGUGACCCCCUGCCCCCAACCAUAACAUUAUUUUUGUUGCUACUUCAUAACUAAUUUUGCUACUGUUAUGGAUUAUAAUAUUAAUAUUUUUUUAGAGCUAGAAGCUUGCCAAAGGGGUCAUGACCCACAGGUUGAGAACUACUGCUCCAGAGCCGUUAGUCCAACAUAAGGUACUAGCAGGGUUGGUUUCUUCUGAGGGCUGUGAGAAAGAAUCUGUCCGUGUCUCUUACCUCCCUUCUGUGUUGUCUUUGUUCAGAUUUCCCCUUAUUAUUAGAAACACUAAUGACUUCAUCUUAUUUGGUUGGUUUUAGUACAGUACUAAGUUCAUCCUGAACCACGUCUCCAACCAAAUCAUUUCAUGUUAACAUCAUUUUUAAAAGCCCUAUUUCUAAAGUUAGGUCCUGUUCACUGGCAGAAAUAGGAUCAUUCCAUAGCAGAUAGUGUUUCAUUCAGCAUUUUCUCCCCGACCUACCUAUGGUCCUCAUUUCAAAUAGUUGUAUUUAAGGCAUUGCUUUAUACGUCUCCCUGUGUUCCAUGGUAGAGUAUAGAGGAAACCCAAAAACUUACUAUAGUAGCUCUAACUUUAAAACUGCCACAGAACUUGAUAAAUUUUCCUUUGUAUCUUUCUGUGGAAUGCUACGUCUCCUCUUGAACUGACUUAACUUGUUCCAUGAUGGACCCUGAAGAAGUGCCACAGAGGGAAAAGCUUCCUGACUUAGGGAGCCCCAGGCAUUCCUCCUGGCACGCAGCUAACCCUCCGUUACAGCUUGGAAUGAUGGGUGAUGGUGAGCCGCACACUGUGUCCAGUUCCUUCUCCUGCUGUUCAACCGCUUCUUCUUUGCAGUCUGAUUCUUAUCCGGAAGACUGAUGGUUUUAUUACACUUGUCAGGGAUCUUUUGUUGUCCUCAUCAUUGAUCUUGUUUGGAAGAUUCUCAUCUUCAACUCUUUUUUUUGUUUGUUUGUUUGUUUGUUUUGUAUUUGUUUUUGGUUUUGUUUUGUUUUUUUCCGGAGCUGGGGACCGAACCCAGGGCCUUGCGCGUGCUAGGCAAGCACUCUACCGCUGAGCUAAAUCCCCAACCCUCAUCUUCAACUUUUGCUGUCAUAUUGAAAGCAUAGAAUUCCAGUGAGUUCUUUGGUAAUAAUGUAUCUCUCUGCUUUUCUUCAAGCUUGUACUCCCACGUUUCCUGGACCAUUCAUGCAUUAUCUCUCUUACUCAAUAGGCCCUGGUGAUUGUUGAUGGUGAUCUUGUUCUCCUUUGCGCUCUUGUCUACAUUAGAAACAUUGGGGGUGCUGGUGGCAUCAAUGUCAAAAGUGACUUCAGUCUGAGAAAUAUCAGAGGGUACAGAAGGUAGGCCUCUGAGUUCAAAUUUUUCCAUGUAGGUUGUUGUUGGUCAUGGUUCUUUUACACUUCAUAUGUCAUAAUGAGCAUACCUGCAGGUUGUAAGUAAGAGCAGGUAGUAAAUGAAGAUCUGUGUCUAGUUGAUAGAAAUGAUAAUAUUAUGCUUGAUGUGGACAGUCAUGACUCCACCAGCAGUUUCAGUACCGAGGAGAAGAGGAGUGACAUCCAAGAAGAGCAAAUCCCGAGCGUUGUCUCCAGAUGGAGUUGUCUCAGACAGCUCCUGGACAGCUGCACUGUAAACAACAGCUUCAUCGGGGCUAGUGCCCAGAUUCAGGUCUUUUCCAUUGAAGAAGUCUCAUAGAACCUUCUGAAUCCUGGGGUUCUGCUAGAACCAACCACCCAGACUGUAUCAUGGAUCUGUGACUUGUCUAGUUUGGCGUUUCAAAGGGGCUUUUCUACAGAGUCCAGAGGGCCACAGUCCAGAGGGCCACAGAAAUAGGUCAGCAUUCAAUUUGAGCAAAUUCUUCAAAUUGAGCAAAGGUAAUGGUAAGGGUAAUAGAGUUAAUGAAGUCAGUUCCUCAAAGAGAGAAUCAGUCUCAUUCCCAGCUUAGGUCCUGGAGAAGAGGGUACAUGCCUGUUUGCCAGCAGUACAUAGACUUCUCUUGUUUUCACUGAUGUUCUUGUGUUGCAUUUAUUUUUCUAUUUGAGACAGAGUCACACUCUCUAGAUAAGGCUGGCCUUGAAUUCACUAUGUAUGUAGCUAAGGAAGGCCUUGAACUCUUGCCUUCUGAGUGGCAGGAUUAUACCUAUGUCCAUCAUACCUGGCUUGGGUGAUACUGCCGCUCAAACUCAGGCCUUCCUGCAUGUUAGGCAAGCACUCCACCAACUGAGCCACGCCUUAGCCGUGUUUGCAUUUAAAUAGAGCAAUAAAAUGGUUGACCGACUAGUUGUCUGUGUUUUCUACCCGUGUGGGUGCUUCUAGCUGUAAAUUAGACCUCAAAAAGUGAGGACUGACACAUCAAAAAUAAUCACCUCCUAAAUAAAAAAAUCAGCAUAUUUCUUUCAAAUCCAACUUUCCUAUCUAAGCCAUAAGCAGUAGCAGUAGUAGUUGGUUAGUUGUUAAUUCUAAGUACAUUGAGCCCAGCAUCUACAUCUUUUGUUGCCCACCUCUGAGAGUCAUUAAAGUAAGCUGGCACUGUGAGCAUAGCAUUGCUAACAGUCUUUCCAACAUAGACUUCUCCAGUUUGCUUCAUCUUUGUCAGAACCAUAGAGCACACCUCCCCUUUGUAUUUAUUCUACUUGGACAUUAGACCUGUUUGUAUCAUUCACUACCAUGAGGGACCAGUGCUUCUAAUAGCAUUAUUAAACCUAUGCCCUAUCACACAUUUGGGGUGGUUUUUGUUUGAUUGAUUUGGUUUGAUUAGGGUUUGUUUGUUUGUUUGUUUGUUUUUGCUUGUUUGUUUUAAAGAAAAAAAACUGUGUUGUUAGGGUUCUUCACAAUCUGAUUCGUCAAAGCAUCCUAGAUUUAUCACUGUGUCAGUGAUCCAGUUACCAUGGUCAGUGGCAGUUCCACUUUCCCUCACUUGCAGUCACCUAUACAGGAGUAGGCAAUGCUAAGGUCAGUGCCAAAUGCAGGUCUCUUAGAUGCUUGCUUGCACGUUGGUCUGGCUGGGCUGACAAGGCCACACAAUCCUGAAAAUGCUGAUGUAUUCAAUGAGUCCGUUUCAUAAACAGGACAGUUUGAGAUAGCACAUUAUAGUGCCAAUAAAUGGUAUUUUUUAAAUAAUGUGACAGUGCAUCUAAAAUAAAAAUGUAUGAGUUUCUAACAUGUAGUAGACUCUGGGGUCAUAAUGUUAUGUUUUUAGUAAGUCUUUCUUCAGACAAUAAAUGAUGGCACAAACGUGAAAAGCUGAGACUCAUACUUAAAUUUGAGCUUUGAUUAAUAAAAUUCAGAGGGUCCAAUGUGGACUUCCCUUCCACAAGAUACUCAGAUGCCCAUCAGAGUGCUGUGUAAAUGAUUGUAAGUACUCACUCUUUCAUAACUCUAGACUUCUAUUAAUCUUUAUGUUCCUAUGAUUAGGCAUUUUUGAGAGUUUAGAAAAGCAAAGCUACACUGGCAUAAAAUCCACCAGCGUAUGACUGUACUCAUGAAGUCUUAUUAAUAGUAGAUAUAUUUCAUUCAUUAUUCUUGCUUCAGUGUAUGGGAUUUUGCCUGCACAUAUGUGUGUGCACCUUGCUUUGCAGAGGACAGUGUUGGGUCUCCAGAGCUGGAGUUAUGGAUGGCUGUGAACCAUUCAGCGUGAUUUCUGGGAAUUGAGCCUGGGUUCUCUGGAAGAGCAGCCAGGGCUCUUAUCUACUGAGCCAUCUCUCCAACCCCUCACUCUUUGUCAUUUUUAUUUAGGUUGUCUAAAUUAUGUAAAAUUUGGUGAAGAAUCUAAGUUUGCAUCUCAUUUUUACUCUUCCUAGUGCAGGUCUUUAUGUUAGGGAAGCAUUCCGCCAUUGGGCUGCAACCCCAGAGUUUUUCUUGAAGUUUAAAAACAUUUCAACUAGUUUAUUUGAUGCCCUAGAUUCUUUUUAGAUGGUAGUGACAUGAAAAAACUAUUGUCUGAUGUCAUAUGUCUUCGUUGCUGUUCCAAGUGCCUAAAAAAGACAGCGACAGAGGAAGGGAGAGAAGGGAGGAAGGAGAGAAUAUUAAACUUAUACUUAUUUUUAUGUCUAUGUUUUAAGAUUUAUUUUUAUGCGUAUGAGUGGGUCUGCCUGCAUUAUACAUGUGCACUAUGUGCAUGUCUGGUACCUAUGAAAGCCAGAAAAGGGCAUUGGAUCCCCAGGAACUGGAGCUCUAGGUGGUUGUAAGCUGCUGUGUGAGUGCUGAGAACUGAACCUGGGUCUUAUGCAAGAUGACCAGUUCUUAACUAUUGAGCCAUCUCUCUAGACUCUAAUUCUUAAAUAGUAUUUUAUAGUUUACUUUGCUUUGUUCCUUUGUUUACAGGAUUUAAAUUCUCUUUUCAACACCGAUAAACCUAACUCAGUUUAUUAGCUAUAACCUUCCUUAUAUAACCAGUUUUCUGAUACCUACCUUGUUCUUGGGCUGAAUUAUGAAAGGCAGACAGAGAGAUAGAGAUCAUUAUUUUUAUGACAAGUGUUAAACUGAUCAGAUUGGUUUUACCUUUGUUUCAUUUGAUUCCUCUACUGUUUUUAAUUUGAAAAAAGAAGUAGGUUUCUUGUUGGUAGAAGCUCUCUGCUAUUGAUAGUUUCCCUAGAACACAAACAGUUGGCCAUAAAUGAAUUGGUCAGGAAGAAUACAGCAUAACCUUAGUUCACUCACACCAGACAGAGGUUGUUUAAAAUAUAAAUUAUAAUUUGGUUAUUUUUCCUUUUAAUUUCUUUUCUGAUAACACUUAAACUAGACUAAAACUUUGCUCUUAGGCAUAAAGUUACUUUGUGAUCAUGCUGAACAUAAAUUUUAAAUUAUGAAAGUUCUUUUAGGGAAAAAAAAAGAAACUGAGUAUUGUACUAAUUUCCUUUCUAUUUCUGAAUGUGGUGCUCUGACUUGGGAGGAGGGUGGGUAUAGCACAUCUCUGGCAAGGCAGGCAUGAUGUCAGGAAUUUGCAGUUGCCCAGCAGUCAGGAUGCAGAGCAAGAACAAGACAUAGGGUUGACUGUAAAACCUUGAAGCCUCCCGCAGUGACACUUCUAGCCAUGCUCCACCAUCCCAAAUGUUUCAUAGCCUUUCCAAAUAGUGCUACCAGCUGGAGUCCAAGUAUUCAAACACAUAAUCUUAGGAGAUACCUUUCACAUUCAAACUCCAAAACACCACACCUCCUAAUCCUUCCCAAACUGUUUCACUAAAUGGGGAUUAAAUGCUCAAACAUAAAGCUCAUUCUCAUUAAAACCACCACAGGCAUAAUUUUGAAAUGUAUAAUUUGAAUGUUACCCUUUUCAGCUCCAUGUUAUGCUAUCAUAUAAUAAAUACUAUUUUCUGUCCUUUCCAUACAUCUGUUCACCCAUCUCGUAUCUGAAGUAUUUAUUGGUCUUCUCUGUAAGACUAUUUAUAGUCCACUGAUCAAAUCCUAACCUAGGUGUUAAAAGAGAUAUGAUUGAAUUAACUCAUUCAUGCUGAUCUUACAAAAUUUUUUAGGUGUUCUUUUUGAUCUAGUUUUAAACUUAGGAGUUCUUUGUUGAUAUUUCAGAGGACCAAAUAGUAAGCACAUUUAACUCUGAAUGAAUAUAAGAGAAGGACGUUGCCUCUCAUUCUUUGCUACUAUUUAUAGAAGUCUGAACAUUCUUAAGACUGUUUAAACCUGUUGUUUAAAGUGUUUAUUUCAAGAAUGCCCGAAAGGGCUGCUUUUUUAUUGCCCUUUCCACUGUAGCCCAGUUACCUACCUAGGUAAGAUUUGUAGUAGAAAGGAAUAAGGUCCACCUUGGCAAGCUCUGACCUUCCUUCCCUACUGAGGCAACUUGGGACUAUCUUGGCCUAAGGCAAAUGAUACUUACACUGCAUAGGUACAGCCAGCAAUGAUUGCUUAUCUGUAGCUCCAGUUCUUACUUGCUUGAAUAGAAAACACCAAAUUAGCAAAGAAAAAGGUUAUCUUAGAGAUGUUAUUGUAUAGAGGAUUUUUUUAAAGGCAAAUUACAGAGGUAUUCUAUAAGGGAAAACAAUUUUUAUGAAUGCAGAAGUGGAGGGAAUGAACCAUUUUAUUAAUAACAAGUAUAUUCUAGUCAAAUAAGUACUUCACAUAAGUAUGUCAUGUGAAAUGGCAGGAGUAGGUUUAGGUCCAUUUCAUCAUUGCUUCUAAUCUUUUCCUACCAAGUAGAUCUUGUCUAAUCUAACACAUGUACUUUAAUAUCCAUUUGGAAUUAGCAUCCUAUACCAUAUUCUUGCUUAUUUUAAUACAAAGGGUAUUAUUAUAAAAUUGAUAUUUUUAAAGAUGUGCUGUUUAUCUGAUGACUCUAUGUUCUUCUGGCAUCUGUGGUCUCUUAUUCCUGUUUCUGCACCAGGUCAGAUCCAUGUGCCUGAGAAAUUUUUAGGCAACCAUACAUUUAUAAAUGCAUAAAACAGGUGUGCAAGUCAACUAUUGACUAAUAAUAAAUAAUAAUGUUACUUUAGAAUAUUUUCUUGGUAUAUAUAUUUUACCAUGUUAAAUUUAAAGACUAAUAUAAAUUUGCACACUAAUAAGAUGGACCUGCUUGUUUAUUUUGCAUAAACUUCUUAGCUAAAUAUUUGAUGCUGCAAAGUAUAGUGCCUUUUUAACAACUUUAAGGAUUGAUUGAUAUUUUUAUUUUUCCAGUCACCAGUGUUGAGAAUACCACUUCUCACUUUUACAUCAUGGAAAAUGGCAGGAGUAAGUUUAGGCCCAUUUUAGCCAUUAUUGGAAAUAAUGUCCUAAUGCCAAACUAAGAUUCAUUUAAUAAUUUUUUUAAUGAAACUCAGAUCAUCAAGUCACACGGCCAUUCUUAAAAAUCAAACAUUUCUUAAUGUCCAGAGACAUAGGUUUGUUUUUUUUUAAUGUGUAUGUGUGUGUGCUUACAUACAUUUAUGUACACCAUGUGUGUACAGGUGCCCAAGAAGACCAGAAGACCAAAAGGGCAUUUGAUCUGGAACUAGAUUUGUGGAUAAUUAUGAGCCACAUGAUGUAAGUUCUUGGAACGGAACCUGGCACCUUCGUAGGAGCAGCAUGUGCUGUUAACUGCCUAGCCCUCUCCUUAGCCCUAAAGAGGCUGUAGUUUGAUUCUUAUGUGCUGAUAAUGAUGGGAAAACACCAAGUCCUGUAUGUGUUUGUAAGAGCAGAAACCUUUGUCAGUACAGUCGUCAUACUGUACUUUAUAACACAGUAAUGUUGAAUCUGAACUAAGGGGCCUGAAGCGGUGUUGGCUGGCACUGUGUGGCGGCAUGUGCAGCACAUAGGUUCAUACUGUAUGUCUAGAACCAAGGCUGCAGUGAAGGUGUAUGGUAUAACACUAGACAAAUACUGACUGUAACAUCCUGUUUAUUACACGUAUAUGUAUUACACACAUCUUUUUUUCAUAACAUUUUAAAAAUCAGACAUUAGCUUGAAGGUAAAUACAAGUAAAAACAGGUUAUUACUGAGAGGUGCCCUACUUCCAACUACUGUAUUACUUAUAUGCACUUAAUCUUAAAUAUGAUGUCUUUGCUACCAAGUAUCAGUCUCCUUCCUCAGUACUCAAGCCAUUUUAGUUUCUGCUUUAGUCUCUUUCCUUCCUCUCUUUCUCACCUUCUCUCCUUCCUCCCCACCCCUUUAGUUCCCUGAAAGUGGAGCUCAGCCUUAAGGUGUGCAGGUCUUGCAAGAACUUGGAUCUUGAUGUCAGUAAAAUCUGGUUUGAAAUCCUACCCUGAAUUAUUAAUAUGCCAUUGAGUAGAAAGUGCUUUAGUUUUCUGUACUUUCGUUUCUUUAUUCCUAAUAACUUAAUAAUGUUUGUAUUAACUUCCUGAGUUCUUUAUAAUAAUAUCUGAAAUAUUACAACUUAAUUUUAAACUUUAAUAAACAUGUGCUUAAUAAGACAAUAUGUAGAGAACUUCUUUCUCACACAUGCAGAGGUCCAUUAAGUGGUAUCGCUUGACAAUACUUAUUCUGCAGCUACCUGGCCCAUUUAGGGAUGAUUCAUAUUCUAAGUAACAAGCUCUCUCCUCUUGAGUUUGAUGGGAGUAUGUUGCAUAAUAGGCAACUGUCAGCUAAUCAUCUCUGUUAAUUUGGUAGUAUAAAUGAAUAUCUGCUCUCAAAGAUGCUUUUGUCCACUCUCCCCUGCUUCUGCGUUUAUGCGGUUGUCCUGUUUUAAGUAGGACUUUCUCCUGACAGUGUGUGUUAAUAACUGGAAAAUUCCCUAUCAGUAGACUAGCGCCAUCUUGACAAGCCUGCUCUGCUCCUACCUUGCUAAUUGUUUCCUUGCGAUUAUUUGGAUUGUGUAGAAAGCCUUUUGCAAAUCCUCUUAUUACUGAAGUCAUUGUUGCCAGCAGGAAUAAGAUUAAAGGUGCUUAAGUCUGUGGAGUUGUUUCUAAUUUGUUCAUGUCAUUUCAGUGGCAUUUUAACAGAACUCUGCCUCCUGUCCCUUCCUUCUCCCCUGGUACUAUCUCAAGUUAGGUCCAAGAUGCCUAGCCAUUGGAAGAAAUCUCAUUUUAUCCUCCUAAUUAUUAUGCUGGCACUCAGGAGAUAAUUUUUCCCUUCAUGCACUGCCAAUUAAUAUGCAAAUGUGCUGAUAAAUAUUUAUGUAUUCAUUUAAAUUAUGCAGGGAGUGCUUUCAGUGUAUUCUGUAAAUGAAUUGUUCCUGGACUUCAAAGUGCUGGCUGCUGUGCUAACGAGGAGAGAUUUGCAUAAGGCCCUAAUCACACGCAUACUGAUUAAGCUUCAUUAUGGAAACUGCCAGCUGCAAUCUUUGUUUCUAUUUUAUUACAAAAAGGGGAACUUUUCAUGCUUCAGUUGCCUUGACAAUGUCAGUCCUAGCUGGUAGAAGAGACUAAAACUCCUCUGAGCAACUGAAGUUUCCUUAUUCAGUUGAAGAUUGCUAUGGUGUAACUGAAGUUGUAGUUUGCUUCUCUUGUUAAUCCACUUUCCACUCCUCCCACCCUUGUUCUCUUAAGAACACAGUACAGAUUUGUUAGAAAUAGUAGUAUUUUCCCCACCCCAAACGCUACCUGUUCCUUCUUGCUUUGGACUGUCUGCACCUCCUGAAGAUUUUACAGCCAUGCUGGACUGCAGUGACUGUGUUCUAGACUCAAGAAUGAACAAUCCGUCAGAAACCAAUAAGUCAUCUAUGGAGAGUGGAGAUGCCAGCACAGGCACACAGACCAAUGGCCUGGACUUUGAGAAGCAGCCCGUGCCUGUCGGAGGGGCCAUCUCCACAGCCCAGGCCCAGGCUUUCCUUGGGCAUCUUCACCAGGUCCAGCUCGCUGGGACAAGUUUACAGGCUGCUGCUCAAUCUUUAAAUGUACAGUCUAAAUCUAGUGAAGAGUCCGGAGAUUCGCAGCAGUCAAGCCAGCCUUCCCAGCAGCCUUCAGUGCAGUCAGCCAUUCCCCAGACUCAGCUAAUGCUGGCCGGGGGACAGAUAACUGGGCUCACACUGACACCAGCCCAGCAACAGCUUUUACUACAGCAGGCCCAGGCCCAGGCCCAGCUCCUGGCUGCUGCAGUGCAGCAACACUCCGCCAGCCAACAGCACAGUGCUGCUGGGGCCACCAUCUCAGCCUCCGCUGCCACACCCAUGACGCAGAUCCCCCUGUCUCAGCCCAUACAGAUUGCACAGGAUCUUCAACAAUUGCAACAGCUUCAGCAGCAAAAUCUCAACUUGCAACAGUUCGUGUUGGUGCACCCAACCACCAACUUGCAACCAGCACAGUUUAUCAUCUCUCAGACCCCCCAGGGCCAGCAGGGUCUCCUGCAAGCGCAAAAUCUUUUAACGCAACUACCUCAGCAAAGCCAAGCCAACCUCCUACAGCCACAGCCAAGCAUCACCCUCACGUCCCAGCCUACCACCCCAACUCGCACAAUAGCAGCAACCCCAAUUCAGACACUUCCACAGAGCCAGACAACACCAAAGCGAAUUGAUACUCCCAGCUUGGAGGAGCCCAGUGACCUUGAGGAGCUUGAGCAAUUUGCCAAGACUUUUAAACAAAGACGAAUCAAACUUGGAUUCACUCAGGGUGAUGUUGGGCUUGCUAUGGGGAAAUUAUAUGGAAAUGACUUCAGCCAAACCACCAUCUCUCGCUUUGAAGCCUUGAACCUCAGCUUUAAGAACAUGUGCAAGUUAAAGCCCCUUUUAGAGAAGUGGCUAAAUGACGCGGAGAACCUCUCAUCUGAUUCUACAGCAUCUAGCCCAAGUGCUUUGAAUUCUCCAGGGUUGGGGGCUGAGGGCUUGAAUCGUAGGAGGAAAAAACGCACCAGCAUAGAGACCAACAUCCGUGUGGCCUUAGAAAAGAGUUUCAUGGAGAAUCAAAAGCCUACCUCGGAAGAUAUCACCUUGAUUGCUGAACAGCUCAAUAUGGAGAAGGAGGUGAUUCGUGUUUGGUUUUGUAACCGCCGCCAGAAGGAGAAAAGAAUCAACCCGCCAAGCAGUGGUGGGACCAGCAGCUCACCAAUCAAAGCAAUUUUCCCCAGCCCAACCUCACUGGUGGCAACCACUCCAAGCCUUGUGACAAGCAGUACAGCAACUACCCUCACAGUCAACCCUGUGCUCCCCUUAACCAGUGCUGCCAUGACUAAUCUUUCUCUUACAGGCACUACAGACUCCACGUCCAACAACACGGCCACCGUGAUUUCCACAGCACCCCCUGCUUCCUCAGCAGUCACAUCUCCCUCCUUGAGUCCCUCUCCUUCUGCCUCAGCCUCCACCUCUGAGGCCUCUAGUGCCAGCGAGACCAGCACAACACAGACCACCUCCACACCUCUCCCCUCCCCUCUUGGAGCCAGCCAGGUGAUGGUGACAGCCUCUGGCUUACAGACUGCAGCCGCCGCUGCUCUCCAAGGAGCUGCACAGUUGCCAGCAAAUGCCAGUCUUGCUGCUAUGGCUGCUGCUGCAGGACUCAAUCCAGGCCUGAUGGCACCCUCACAGUUUGCUGCUGGAGGUGCCUUACUCAGUCUCAAUCCGGGGACCCUGGGUGGGGCUCUCAGCCCGGCCCUGAUGAGCAACAGUACACUGGCAACCAUUCAAGCUCUUGCUUCUAGUGGCUCUCUUCCAAUAACAUCUCUGGAUGCAACUGGGAACCUGGUAUUCGCCAAUGCAGGAGGAGCCCCCAACAUCGUGACUGCCCCUCUGUUCCUGAACCCUCAGAACCUCUCUCUGCUCACCAGCAACCCAGUAAGCUUGGUUUCUGCCGCUGCAGCCUCCACAGGGAACUCCGCACCUACAGCCAGCCUUCAUGCCUCCUCCACCUCAACUGAGUCCAUCCAGAACUCUCUGUUCACAGUGGCCUCUGCCAGCGGGGCUGCCUCCACCACCACAGCUGCCUCCAAGGCACAGUGAGCUGGACGCAGAGCUGGGGCUUUCCUCACUGCAGGGUGAUAGGCUGGCUAUCAGCUGGCUAAAACAUGACGCCUGUCAUUGGCUUCCUCCCACCAUGUUGUGAGGAUGAGGAAGACAUGGAGAGAAGAAAAAAAUUACACAUAACAACAAAAAAAAAGAAUGGAGACAGGACAACGUUUGCCUAAUUUUAUAAUAAAAACAAUGUCUUUUCAGGAUUGCUUCAUGGAUUGGAGAACUUUCUAACCAAAAAUUUUAAAGAAAAAAAAAAAACAGAAACAAAAUAUCAAAAACAGACAGACAAAAAUAAGUGAAAGGACUACUUAUCAUUUCCAGCAGUCAUGGUGACAAGCUAAGGUGGGUUACCAGUUCCAGGGGAGGAAAGGGUUUUUUUUCUUUUUGGGUUUUUUUUUUUUUUUUUUUUGUUAUUGUUGUUAUGUUUUGUUUUGGUUUUUUUCUUUAAAAAAAAUCAUUUUUAUAGGCCUGUUGUACAGGCCAUGAAGUCAUAACAAGGUGUUUAUAAUCGUGUCAAUUGUGUUGGGGUUCCUUUCUUAACUGGUACAAUUUAGGCAGGCCUGUAUUACUGUAUCUCUGUUAUUGUUUAUAUAUAUAUGUAUAUGAAUAUAUACAUAUAUGUAUAUUGAACAUGUUUAUCUCUCGCUCCUGGAUCCUAUUUCAGUGAGCUCCACACUGUGGGGAGGGAGGGUUUGGGAUAAAGGGAGACUUACGUUCUUAACUUUUGGGAAUGUUCUUGCUGGUUUCCUUAUCCUUACAGAGGUGCUAGAAAAUGAUUUUCUUUUGCCACUUAUGCAAGAGGCUUGGUGCAGAAGCUGAAGGCAGUGUGUGCAAACACUCCUGCUUCACACACGCCCCUCCCCCAUCAGGUGGUGCCUUUGGAGCACUUCUGUGUAGGAAGGAGUUCCUGCUGCACUGUAGCUCUCACUCACCCCCAAAUCAAUGAGCAGCCCUGAGGCCCAGACCCUGUGGUGCAACAGUGACGCUGCUUCCACUGUCCACGGGGACAGCUGUGCCUGUCGCAGGGCAGGGUUUGGUUCCAAAGAGCAAAGACUACUGCAGACACCUGACUUGGUGGCUCUCCAAUUUCUUAUCUCUUUAAAAAAAGAAAUGCUCCUACUGUUAGUGUUUGUUUGUUUGCUUGCUUGUUUUUUCAUUUUAUGAAAUUUUUUCAUCCAAACUUCCUUUUAUUUUCUUAGUCAGAAUCAAAUUGUCAUACUGAAAUUGGACAACAGUUCUCUUUCUUGUUUUCUAAGGCAAUUCUAUUGGACUGUUUUCUACUAAUGAGGUAUCCCAGAGAGGUCCUCUAGAGAGUCACAGACUUCCUGUCCACCGAGUGGGUCACAAGUUUCUCCAAGCCGGAGAUUUUCCUCAGCUCUCUGACUGACAGGCCUUUCCCUGGCUGGGCAGGGAUCUGUGAAACCUCAGAGAGAUGCUAAGCAGGACCUACACAGCCGCCUGCGUCUCCUGGUUUCUUAGGCCCCUGCUAGGUAGAUCUGAUGACGACAUACGUCUCCUAUUUUAUGUAAAAAAGUGAUUUGCUCCUGUAAUUGUUUUCAGGGUGUUUCUAGACUACAUAAAUGAGCCCAUUGAAAAGGAAGAGCUUGUGAAAAUGGAUGAAGAUGGAUGAGGGUAAUUUAGAGUUUAAAUUCCCCAUUUGCCAAUGUCCUCUUGUUAUACUAUCUCUACCACAGUUUUCCCAAAUGACUGGAUCACUGCAGUGAAGCUCUCAGUUGCCCUCACUGCAGUGAAAGGGUCCCAUCUGGUGUCUGAGGGCACUCGCUUCAGUCCUGGUGGUCUGCACUUUGAGCUGGGAGUGGUUCUCCUUCUGAUACUUUGCUUACGCCACAGGAAACUUGGAUUCUGUGCAGUUGUCUGCAGAGAGAAAUUCAGAGAGGCAGGGACAGACACAAAUGUGUACCUUCUAUUGUUAUUUUUCUGUUGGGAGAAGGUCAUGUUAAAGGUCAGAAACAUUUUUUUUUUUUUGGUUCCUUUUGGUUAUUUCCCAGAGUCUUUAAUUUUCACCCCUGAAUAAUUUCUUUUACUGUAAACUUUUCCUAAAAUCCCUCCAAAAAUCAGUGAGCUGCAAGCAGGGAAGCUAACAGAUGCUCAUCCACCUGUUUUGUAUGGUGUGGGGGUUUUGUUUGUUUUGUUUUGUUUUUUAAACUAAGCUUGAACCAAAGUCAAUUUUUAGCAAGCUGCUGUACUGAUGGACUAGUUGUGAUGUGCAGUUCAAACACAUUGAGGAGAUAGAUGCUACUGACAAUUUCUUACUCAUUUUUCUUGAUUAAUUUUAUGUGAAAGUUGCUGCUUGUUUUUAAUCUUUUAUGUUGGUAAAUUGUAAUAUCCUCUGGGCAGACAUUACCUUGAUUUUAGCUACUAGUUUGUUUAAGUCAGUGUGUAAAUAGCAUGGCGUGUCAGUUACUGCUUCUCCCCUCCCCACCCACCUUUUCUCUCGUUAAUUUAAUGUUUUGUCUUGACUUAACACUCUAACCUUAGUCUGUGUGCAUGGUUUUAUGCUUGUCAAUACUGUUUCUGCCCCUAGCAGAGAGUCCCUCCCUUGGGAGUCAGGAGGUUAGGAGGGAGAAUUCAGGGAGAGAAAUGCUGAUUACCCACCUGACAGAUUAGAAGUUAUAGCACUAAUCUCCAGAAUUGCUACCAAAGGAAGUAGAUCCCAAGGGGCUCUGGCCCAGGGGUUAAGGAGGACAGAGAAAGACUGUUUAUUUCAUCCAAUGUGAUUAAAAGAGUCUUUUUCCCAAAUAAGAGUCCCCUACAGACUUUGAUUUUAAAAAUGAUAGUACAUUUUAAGUUCUAGCCCAGUGGUCCGUCAGUCCCUUCUCUGUCUGUGGUCUCUAGUGGGUUUGAGAAGGGAUUGCUGCCUUUUCAUGUAGUUCAUUUUUGAGGAUAGACUUUAAAACCAGCAUAAAUACUGUAUUGAGAAGAAGGAUCUUUAGAUAAAGAUAACUUUAAUUUUUCCCUACCCUUUUUCAUGUGUUUAAAAUUAAGUUGUGAAAUGAAAGGUACUUUAUACAUAUGUACAUGAAACACUACUAAACUCUCUGGGGGUGUUCAGGCUACAAUAGCUUCCAUCACCACUCUAAAUGUUCUGUUAAUGCUACUAUAUUAAACCCUUGGCUAGUUUUUACUUGAUACCAUCUUGGUUUUUUUUUUUUUUUUUUUAAUGAUUUCAAAUGCUCUUUGAGCUGACAACUAUCUUCUAAGCUAAAGUACUCAGACUUAAAACAUUCAGCUGCCUUUUUCUGAGAGAGUAUAGAUACUAAAGGGGUCAUCUGACUAAAAGAAACAUGCAGUCGAGAGUUUCUGCGUUUCCUGAAUAAACGCCAGGAAGGUUGUUAUAACCUGUUACUUCAUUCUUCCUUUCUUCCCCCUGAUAUUUAUGCUUACUUUAUUUCAUCCCUAAAUUUAGUUAACACAGAGUAAGCCAAAGACAAAUUUUAAAUACAUUUUUAGGGACACUAUAUUUGCCUGUGAUAAUGGGCCCUCCCUGGAGAGUAGUGAAUGUAACUGUUUAAUCCUGUUUAAGCAAUGCAGUUUGGCAUAAACUUUAUUUAUUUCCUGUGUAAAUCUGAAUGACAACAGAAAAAUCUAUAAGGCUUCUCACAAGAGCAGUAUUGCUGUUCUAGGAAUAGUAAAGUGCUCUGUUACCUUGAAUGUCUCUGAAGCCCUAUAGGCAGCUCCAUAAAAUGAGGAAACAUUCUUCCUGUCCAUUUACUUGCUGGUGUCUGUUGUCAGGAAGGUCAGCACCAUCCUGUUUAUGUAACUUGUGACUCCAAAAUGGAACCAAAGGAAUCCGGCUUUCAUCUUGCGUAGGACCAGCCUGCUUAUAUUUCAUGAGCUUUAUUAGACAUUUUUUAAAGGGACAAUAUCAAUCAAUUGAAAGGGUUUGGGUGUGAUCAUCUUGCCAGUAUGUUCUGUGUUGUUAUUCAUUUGUUUUAGGGAAAAGCACAAUUAUACCUCUCUAAUAUUAUUGUGUCUAUUAUCUAUCCUUCGAUUAUUAGAAAGAUAGGGAAAUAAUCUCUUCACUAUCCAGAAGCACAGGUUUUUGCUUGACAAUAUUUCACUUCAGCUCAGUCAUUAACAUUUAACUUGCUGGAAAUGCCAGGUACAUUUGUAAAUAUAGGGAUGUUAUGGAAGGAAAAAAUACUUUAGUUCCUAGUCUGACGUUCUUCAUAAGCCAUGUCGUCCUCACAAAUCUUUCUUGACCAAGAGAGAAUAGGUCGUUGAAGUAGGAAGGCAAACAGACAUCUAUUUCCUGUUCUUCCUCAAGAGAGGAGCAGUGCUGCCCGCCCUGGUGUGCAGAAGGCAGUUUCCUGCUGGCAGCCUGGGCUGGCCCAGCCCUGAGGAACUCGCAGACCAGCCUAUGACCUGAGCACUUGGUAAUGCAGAAGGAAGGGCCUCGGCAGCUCAGUAAGAGAGCCUGAACAGAAACCCUAUGUUGGCUUCUGAAGUUGAGGAACAUGAAGUGUACUUACUCCUCAGACUCUAUUAGAGCUGUAUACAUUUAAGAUUACCAAUGCUAAUGUAAGAAAAAUACUUAAAGACCUGAAACCCAUAAUUGUCCAAGUGGGCAGAAAUUGAUGUAAUUAUUUAUACCUGUAUGAGUUCACUUUCAUUUGUGGGUGUGAACAGCAUUUACCAUGUCAUAUUGUUCAUCUAAAGAGACCCGUGACCAUUUUGAAGUCAUUUUCAGAUACUUGUGAAAAUAAGGCUUUCUUAAUAUUUUUGAUUUUUGAGGAAGAAAAGAAAUUCUUUGCCAUUCUUCUGAGAGUAAGACACUGUCCCACAGGUUUGCAUGGAUGACACCACAAUGUACACACAAGCAUCAAUAGAAAAGGUGGAGAUGGGUUACUUUGAUUAUUAAAGGUUGGUGGGCCACUCCCUGCUUCAUCCUCUCUUCCUCUCUGGAGAGUAAGUGUGAGGUUCUACCAGGGUGGGCAGGGAGCAUCUUCCUCAGAAAUCAUCCAGUCCGUACCCAGUAUGUGCUAUGAUUUGUGAACUAGGGUUUCUUCUGACCAUCAUUCUACUCAUGACCAGUAAACCGAUCCGUAGUCUGACUCCUCUGCUCUUGGCCUCUGCUAGAACCAGUGAGCUGGAGUAUGUCACACGUGUCGAUAUGCUCAGUGACCUGGAUCUCUCUGCCUCUUUUCCUCCCUCUUUGUUUUGAAUGGUGGAACCUUAAUCUGUGAGAUAAUGCUCGUGCGUAACAGCUUCUGGCACCUUCAUAAAAUACCUCAGCGUAGCUUAGCAUUGUUACAGAACUGGUUUUAGACUGAAAAACCAAAUAAGUAUAAGAAAAAAAUCUCUAUAAAUAGUGGAAAUAAUUCUAGCUGUAGUGUUUAGUUGAACUAAUGUUUAUUAUGGUUGAUAAACAUGAUUGAUGCUGUAUGCAUUUGGGAUCCUGUUUAUAGAGUUAGGGAGGGUUGGGUUGGGAGAAAGGAGAAAUUGAUUAUGUUAGAAGGAAAAUAUUGCUUGUGUGUAUUUGUUUUUCUUUGUAUCUGUCUUGCCAAAGGAAACUUGAUAUUCCCUGUGAAUGGGUUGGGGGUUUGAGGCCUCUAUAUGAUCUGAUAUGCAGCACAGUAUGCAGAAACAACCGUGCAGGUGAUAUAUGGGGUGUCCAGUAGGUUCAGGGUGCCCAGGGUUGGGGGCAGGUUUACAGCCUUCCUGUCUGUGGUUUCCAUGCCUUCACCCCAGACCUGCCAGACUCUCCUGAUUGGUGAUCCCUUACCCCUGCACAUAGCUAAAGCUUAGGCAGAGGAAGGGUGCGCACAUGUCCCGGUGUGCAGAGGAAGAGAGAGAUGGGCAUGGACCCGAGGGAUGGAGAGGAAAAUGACAGUGAGAUGAGUCCUCUUUUGUCAUGGUAGUGAAUGCUGUGCUGGUAGUAGCCCAACAUUUUUAAAACUUUAUUUCCUUUUCUUAUACCAAGGAUAAUUUUGUCUAGACCAAAACACAGACGAGGAAUCCAAGCCAAGAAGUCGAAAGCUAACCACACACUUGGCGCCUGUAAUGAGGUGGGGCAUUUAAGGAUUGGGUGAUGAUUUAAGGAUUGUGGGAAAUGUGAACGAGAAAUUAUAUUGGGUUAGGAAAAAAUUUAAGACCUUUCUGUCCUUGUUCUGGGGUAGACUUUCUUGGCUUCCUGAGUUCUAAUAUAAACUAUAUCUCAAGAACUAAUUUUUUUAACAUGUCCCUUCUCACAGAACUUGAGUGGGAUUUGAUUUUGAUACCAAAGACACUGCUGUACAUUGCUUAUCCUUAAGUUUUCCAGACUCAAAGGCGAUAGAGCAAAGCGCUGAGGUUGGGGAAAGCUUCGUCUCGUCUCUGUUCUUCCCUUUGUCCUCACGCCUUCCUCACCUUUUGAAAGAUGUCUGUUUGGUUACUCUGGCUUUGGGAAGAGAUUGAUUUUGUUCUUCCCUGCUGCUCUGUGAAGAUUGGUAAAAUUGCUCAGCAAAAUAUUGAUAUUCUUGCUAAGAAAGAAUUGUGGGAGUGCAAAAAAAAAAUAGUAGUAGAACUUUUAUUUACCUUUAUCUAAUUCAUCCAAAUAAAACUAGCCCUCCCAACCUGUUAGAGUAACAGUCAGGAGUUAGUGAUGAAGAGCAGACCGCAGCCAAAUGAUGUUCUCUUGCUCUCCUAUAGAGCUGUCUUGCUCCACGGUGUCUUUAGGAUGUGGCUGCUGGCACGUUAAGAAGUUCAUUGGUUGGCAUACUUUUGGUUAACACAGACAGGGAGAGAGAGAGGGAAGACCAGCAAAUGUGAUCAGGUUGCUGAACUUCACGGAAGCUUUACUUGCUAUCAUUCUGACAUUAUGUGGAGUAGUGUUAGUGCUGUGUGGCUUUACAGAGUGGUAGGUAGGUUCGUGUGGUGAUAGGGAUAUUGACAGUAAGAGCACUGAAACAAAUGCUGUGGAGGAAUGGUGUGCAUCACGAACACCAUUUCAGCUGUGAGAGUGACGCUCCCGAGUGGAGAGAGGGAACGAAACCAUUUAGGACCCGUCUGCAUCCCUGAGUCUGCCCACACUGCACAGGUCUCCACCACCCUUACCAUGUGCUGGCUCAAAUCCAGAACUCCGUCAGGAAGAGCAGAAAGCCAGACUGAUUGGCUGGGGAGGGAGGACCUGGGGUCUCCUGCAGUUUCCCGUGUCUUCUUCACUUGCCCUUCACUGCAACGGCCACAGCCCCACGGCAGCAACCUCACGCUUCCUCCCUACAUUGAUAGUGGUAUUGAGCUCUGUCGCUGCAUCCCAAGGUCUGCAGGUAGCUCAGGACAGUGCAGUUCCAACAGGGAGGCAUCUGCAUGGGAGCUCAUGUGAUCUCAUUGGAGAAAAGUGGACAGAGUCAAUGCCCAUCCCCCCCCCCAGAGUGUUCGGGGUCUGAGAAUGACAGGAGGAAACAUAGGAGUGAAGUGAACUAGUUAGUGCUACCCUGGUUAGGUUUAAAGUUGCAAACAGUGGGAGUGGGGGUAGUGUGUUCAAGGUUCUGUGACCAUACUGCAUUGACUAUAAAUGGUAAAUGGUGAGAGAAAGACUUCUUCCCACUCCUUACCUCUGCUUCUGUGGGAAUGUGUGUGUUACUCAGUCCACAGGAGGGCUCCCUGAAGGAAGCAUUCCUAGAGUGGCCCUCAGCUAUUGCUCUCAUAUGUGGUAGUGAAGGCUAGGUGUGAGUAAGAGUGGGGUUUCUGCCCACCGCCUAUUCAGGAGCUGUUGUGUACCUCAUUUCUAACUCUGACUGAGUAUCUUGCUUUAACUUCCUCUCAACCCUACAGAGUUGCCAAGUCUGCCCUCCCUCUUCUCAGCAACAUAAACUCUGGCCUAUAGCAUCAUAAGACCUGUCACCUGGGGUGGGACUGCCCCUCCCUCAGCCCAUCCCCAAGCCUCUGAAUGUCUCUGCUUUUAAGCUACUACAGACUGAGGGCAAAUUGCAAUCUCCUGUUUGUUUUUGUUGCUAGGGAUCCUCACAGGUCUUUUACCAUGUUCCCCACCACCUUACCUUCCAGGACGGCCAGCUCCCCUCUCCCAUCUGCCCCAUAUUUCUAACUGCUGGCUAUCCAUCAGCUUCUGACUCGCCGUUCCCCCCUGAGGCCAUGGGAUUCUGCUCAUUGCCAGGACUUGGUAGAAAGGACACCAAAGGUUCAUUUACACUGACUUAAGCUACACAUUUCACUUGUUUCCUGUGUGACAUGACCAAAAAAUUUCCAAAUAUUUAAGUUUAUUAUUAAUAUUGUAAUAAUAAUUAUUAUUUGACAAUCUUAUAUCCGACGGGCUUUCUGGAAGCUGCUUCUCCAGCCCUUUCAACAUUUUCUUUGAAUGUAGUUCUUAACUUGCAGUUCCCAACCCCAAAGUUGGGGGAAGAAAAAGCUUAGCCAAGUCAGGUCAUUAUACUGCUGCUAUAAGCCAGGGGAGGGUGGUUUCUUUGUUUUGUUUUUCCAUUUCCAGCCAAAACCAAAGAUUUCUUAAUGAUUGUAUAAACUCAAAACAAACAAAAAAACCAAAGAAAAGGGAAGUCUUCAGCCUCAAUCCAGUCUGUGGCAUCCUGGCACUUGGAGGCAUGCCCAAGGGUAGGUGUCGACACCUCUGGCCAGCUCAGAAGGGCAGCAAGUCUUUUCUAAGUUGAGGGAUUCAUUCAGAUGCACGCUCGGGAGCUUUGACCCUUGCUGACUGACUUGUAAGCAGAGCAUGCAUCAAGGAAAUGGGAACAUCAGAUUUUUCAAAACAAAAGCCAAAAUCCCAUCACCACCACAGACUUUAUGACAGCAGCCAGGGUCACCACCAGAGCACCAGAGCUUAGCGCAGGGCCUUAGAGCUGGGCACUGCUACGGUGUGGCCAUGGACUCCACAGAGUGGGGAAGCUGAAGAUGCUGGCACAGGAUUGGCUACUCUGCUGGGUGCUUUCACCUUUGGGGCGGGGUCUCAACCCAAGGGCCCUUCUGAGCCUUCUUUCUCUUUUCUGUUACCAGAACUGCUUGGAAGUGGCUGUCCUGUUUGUGAGGAAACAUGCAGAACAAUGAUCAGAUUUGUCUUUAUCUUGUUUCUAGUUUUGUUUCCUUUUGCAGCACCACUGUGCGACUAUGCAUUGUAUUUCGUAACCUUUGUGCUAGGUAGAUGCCUGUGACUUUUUAUCCGGGGCGGGUGGGUUGGGGGUUGCAAAUGAAGGAAAUUUUUACAUGGAUCUUUUUAAUCUCAGUUGAUUGGGGAGGGGGGUUUGGUUCUAGGGUCAUACAAGCUCUAUCCCAAAGCAAAAUCCAAAUGUUAAUAAUACUAGCCUGAUGCAGAUACCAAAGACAAUUUCUUUCCUGCAGAACCUUAGACUUGUGUAUUAAGUACGAUUACCCAGCACUUGCAUUAGUCUAACCUCAGUAAUUCCAAAGCUUAGAUGUAUAUUUUGGUAUAUUUCCAGGAUAUUAAAAAAAAAUGUCGUUUAACUUCUUGUUUGUUUCAGUGUAAUGCUCUUAAAGUCAUAGCAUGAAAUAAUUGCGCUGUCCUAUUCUUGGUAGUUUGAAAUAAUAGUAUUUUUGUAUGUUUUGGGUGUGUCUAUGUAUUAACAUAACAGUUUUCACUGCCUAGGUGUAAUAAAAACGAAAGGUUCUGAGUGUACAUACUGUUUGGCAACAGUCUCCACCAGUGCCCACGGAGUGUGGAGUCACUGAGGACUGCCCAGCGGGGGGCUGGUUUUAAAGAGACGCUGAUUGUGUUUUUUUUUUAAGAUGUUUGUUUCUGUCUUUAAAUAUCUUAACUUCCCCACUUGUUUUUUUCCUUUUUUUUUUAAUUAAUAUUAAUUCAGGGGUGUUUUUCCACUGUUGUCAAGGGAGGAACACAAGGAAACGGGCACCUUGGCCUCCCAAAAUAUGUUAUUUUAUGUACUUUAAAAUGUGAGUUUUUGAGUUCUUGUGUGUGGAAACUUACAAGAUGAUGUACAUGAUUCUUUCCAGAGUUGCCCAGCAGCUUUAACGAGGCAGUGGCAAUUCCUGAGUAGUUAGUUGGGUGUCCUCUACAUUUCUCCUUCAGACGACUCUGCAGUCUGGGUGGCUAUUGUGUAGCCUCUCUCCCCAGAGUGUCCGUAGCCAUUUCUCCUUCAGUGGGGAUGUUUUAUAAGAUUCAGCUGAUAACUCAGAGCACUGGCCCUCGUUAUCUGUUUUUCUUGAUUUGGAAAACCUGAAACCCAAACAGUUGUACUUGCUGGGAUCAGCUCAUAGCUCCAGAGGCCCAGGAAGCGGUGGCUGUGAGCGGUGCUGUCUCUUUAAAAGUGCCCUUGAUGUGAUUCCCCUCCUGGGCUGCCAGAGGGGAUAGGGCUUGGGAAAGAUUGUGUGGGUGCCAGUGAAUCAGAAUGAAAUGGUGGGUUUUAUGUAGAUGCAUUUGUCUGCUGUAAUUUUUAUAUAUAUUAAACUUACUGUAACUGUACAGUUCUGAUUUCUGUUGUAAAACAUUAAACCAUUUUCCAAGUGUU